GGCGUGUCUACCCCACGGCCGCAUCCAAACGCAGCUCUCCCGGAGGCAGAGGUGCUGAAGCGGCUCUGCUUUCCCAUCCAGAAACAAAGCAACUUCUCUCUGCUGGCCCGGUGACUCCUAGCCGCUCAUCUCCCGUUUGAGAUGGAUUUCUUCAAACUCUCCCCUGCCUAACAUGGAUGCCCCUUCACGUCCUCCAGCAUCUCCAUCAUCAUCAUCAUCAUCAUCACCAUCUCCUUCCUCAGCUGAGUCGGAGAGCAGUUCUAUUUGCUUCUGCAGCCAAGCGGACAAGCAGCGCUUUUUUUGCCUUAUGGAUAUGAGGAAGCACUCGCCCAACCUGCCGGAGUGAAAGAGAGAAAAAAAAAACCAACACACAUCUGGGAGAUAUACCGAUUCAGGGAAUAAACUAGUGUGCACCACAUAAGAACCAUGAAGAUUAUCUCCUUGUUGGUAUCUAAUAGCAGAUUGAGGUGCAGGCUCCUACUGCUGCUAUUAUACUGUGUGGGAUAUUCUCAUGGCAUGCCACACGUGUUGAGAUUCGGAGGAAUAUUCGAGUCCAUCGAAAGCGGUCCAUCGGGUGCUGAGGAACUUGCCUUUAAAUUUGCUUUAAAUACAAUCAACAGGAACAGAACUCUACUGCCAAACACUACUCUUACAUACGACAUCCAAAGGAUAAACAUCUACGACAGCUUUGAGGCCUCCAGGAAAGCCUGUGACCAGCUUUCACUAGGAGUGGCAGCUAUCUUUGGCCCUUCUCACAGUUCUUCGGCCAAUGCUGUCCAGUCCAUCUGUAAUGCAUUGGGGGUCCCCCACAUCCAGACUAAGUGGAAGCACCAGGUUUCAGACAACAAAGAUGUCUUCUACGUCAGCCUAUAUCCAGACUUCUCAUCCCUCAGCAGAGCAAUCCUCGACUUGGUGCACUUCUUCAAAUGGAAGACAGUCACGGUUGUUUAUGACGACAGCACCGGUCUGAUUCGACUGCAAGAACUCAUAAAGGCCCCGUCAAGGUACAACAUUCGAUUAAAGAUCCGGCAACUUCCUGCAGAGACCAAGGAUGCUAAACCAUUGUUGAAGGAAAUGAAAAGAGGAAAGGAGUUCCACAUUAUCUUUGACUGCGGACAUGAAAUGGCUGCUGGAAUCCUAAAGCAGGGUCUGGCUAUGGGAAUGAUGACAGAAUAUUAUCAUUAUAUCUUUACAACACUGGAUCUAUUUGCGCUUGAUGUGGAACCGUACCGAUACAGUGGUGUAAAUAUGACUGGCUUUAGGAUUCUCAACACUGAGAACAGCCAGGUGGCAUCCAUCAUUGAGAAAUGGUCCAUGGAACGACUGCAGGCUCCCCCUAAACCUGACUCUGGUCUAUUGGACGGCUUCAUGACAACGGAUGCUGCACUCAUGUACGAUGCUGUACACAUGGUGGCCGUGGCUGUGCAGCAGUCUCAGCAGAUCACUGUCAGCUCGUUACAGUGCAACCGACACAAGCCUUGGCGCUUUGGGAACCGCUUCAUGGCCCUCAUCAAAGAGGCUCACUGGGAUGGCCUGACUGGGAGGAUAACGUUCAACCAGACCAAUGGCUUGAGGACAGACUUUGACCUUGAUGUCAUCAGCCUGAAGGAGGAAGGGCUAGAGAAGAUUGGCACCUGGGACCCUCCAAGUGGCCUGAAUAUGACAGACAGCCAGAAAGGGAAGACUACCAACGUUUCUGAUUCCUUAUCCAACCGAACGCUCAUCAUCUCGACUAUACUGGAGGAGCCAUAUGUAAUGUUCAAGAAGUCUGAUAAGCCCCUGUAUGGAAAUGACCGCUUUGAGGGCUACUGCAUAGACCUGCUGAGAGAGCUUGCCAACAUCUUGGGAUUUACCUAUGAAAUCCGAUUGGUGGAAGAUGGGAAAUAUGGUGCCCAAGAAGAAAACACCGGCCAGUGGAAUGGUAUGGUGAAGGAAUUAAUGGACCAUAGAGCUGAUCUGGCAGUGGCCCCCCUAGCCAUCACAUAUGUGCGUGAGAAGGUUAUUGACUUCUCAAAGCCCUUCAUGACGUUGGGUAUAAGUAUACUCUACCGCAAGCCAAAUGGGACCAACCCAGGGGUCUUCUCCUUCCUCAACCCUCUCUCGCCAGAUAUCUGGAUGUAUAUUCUGCUGGCUUACUUGGGUGUCAGUUGUGUGCUGUUUGUCAUAGCCAGGUUUAGUCCCUACGAGUGGUAUAACCCCCACCCUUGCAACCCUGAGUCGGAUGUAGUGGAAAACAAUUUCACCCUGCUAAAUAGUUUCUGGUUCGGAGUUGGAGCUCUCAUGCAGCAAGGAUCUGAGCUCAUGCCGAAAGCCCUCUCCACCAGAAUUGUAGGAGGAAUCUGGUGGUUUUUUACACUUAUCAUCAUUUCCUCCUACACUGCAAACCUGGCGGCCUUCCUCACGGUGGAGAGGAUGGAGUCGCCCAUCGACUCUGCUGACGACCUGGCCAAGCAGACCAAGAUAGAGUAUGGCGUUUUAGAGGAUGGUGCUACUAUGACUUUCUUUAAGAAAACCAAGAUCUCCACAUAUGAUAAAAUGUGGGAGUUCAUGAGCAGUCGACGGCAUUCUGUGAUGGUGAAGAACGUCGAAGAGGGCAUUCACCGAGUGCUAACCUCCGACUAUGCUUUCCUCAUGGAGUCGACCACCAUUGAGUUUGUCACGCAACGCAACUGCAACCUCACCCAGAUUGGAGGCCUCAUUGACUCACAAGCCUAUGGGGUUGGCACCCCAAUGGGUUCUCCUUAUAGAGAUAAGAUCACAAUUGCCAUCCUGCAGCUUCAGGAGGAAGGCAAGCUGCACAUGAUGAAGGAGAAAUGGUGGCGAGGAAAUGGUUGCCCUGAAGAGGAAAGUAAGGAGGCCAGUGCCCUCGGGGUGCAGAAUAUUGGCGGAAUAUUCAUUGUCUUAGCCGCUGGACUUGUUCUCUCAGUGUUCGUGGCUGUGGGAGAGUUCCUCUACAAGUCCAAACAGAAUGCUGAACUUGAAAAGCUCCCCCUUUGCUUCCUUCUCCCACUCCUCCUCUUCCCACUCCUCCUCCUCUUGCUGCUUUUUCCACUCUUCUUGCCUGUUGCUGAGGCUGCUGCAGAUUAACCUGGUUCUCGGGGUGCAGGGACCACCAGCUGGCUGUGUAGGUCCUUUUGCAGUGCCAUGGUGGACGAACUGAGGGUCUCACUGAAGUGCCAGCGCCGCCUCAAACACAAGCCUCAGCCCCCUGUCAUGGUGAAAACGGAGGAGGUUAUCAACAUGCACACAUUCAACGACCGCAGACU